CAUGAAUCCUUUCCACGUCCGCCAUUUUGACAUACGGUACUUUUCGGGAGUAUUGGUUUAAUGUUUUAUCGUUUCUCGUGAAAAUAAUCUUUUUUACUGAAACUUUGGGAGUAGGUCGAGACGGUGACAGACCAACCGGGUGUGCAUAGUGGCUUCUCGCAGGCUAACGAAAAAUCAGUAUACCACAAUCUUUCCUGCCAUCGGCUAGUGUUGUGACUAUUUCGGAGCUCUCGAAACUAUAAUCGGUCAAUAAAUAACGCACUGUACCCACAUAUAACCAACACUAACCAUGGGGAACAUUUUUGCAACGUUAUUUAAGGGCCUCUUUGGCAAGAAGGAAAUGAGGAUUUUGAUGGUCGGGCUCGAUGCUGCUGGUAAAACCACUAUUCUAUAUAAAUUGAAAUUAGGCGAAAUUGUUACGACGAUUCCCACAAUAGGCUUCAAUGUAGAGACAGUUGAAUAUAAGAAUAUUAGCUUUACGGUAUGGGACGUGGGUGGUCAAGACAAAAUUAGACCGCUCUGGCGACAUUACUUCCAGAAUACACAGGGGUUGAUAUUUGUAGUCGACAGUAACGACAGGGAACGUAUAGGUGAAGCCCGCGAGGAGCUAAUGCGAAUGCUGGCGGAAGAUGAGCUGAGGGAUGCCGUAUUACUUAUAUUUGCUAACAAACAGGACCUUCCAAAUGCCAUGAACGCGGCAGAGAUCACCGAUAAACUGGGCCUCCACUCACUUCGUAAUCGUAAUUGGUACAUACAGGCGACGUGUGCUACGAGCGGAGAUGGAUUAUACGAAGGUCUCGAUUGGCUUUCAAAUCAGCUAAAGAACGCCAACCGCUAAUGCAAACGUUAUCCUGUCAACAUUCAGUUGCUAUUUUAACAUCAUUCAGAAACAACAUUAAAAACAAAAAACAACAACAACAACAAAAAAACAGCAAAGAAACCAACAAACCUUUAAAAGAAAAAAAACAACAACAAACAAACAAAAAAAAAAAAAAACAUAACUGCACACGUUAUCCCCCCAUCAGCGAAUAAUUAAUUGAUUAAAUGAAAAAAGAACGACCAACUAACAAUGUACAACAUAAAUUGUAUGAGCAGCAGCCUGUGCGAAUUUUGAACGGAAGGUGAAUAAUACCAUUAAAAAAAAAAAACAAAAGCAUUCGGAUGUGCAACGAAGUUUUCGUUGAAAGGGGUUUUUGAGGCAGAGAGAGAGAGAGAGAGAAAGGAAAAACAAGAGAGAAUUAAAAGGGAUUUUCGAAGAUGAAGGAUAACGAACAUGAG